AUGGCUUUUGACGUUGUAGCUAGCUUGACGCUAUUAGCUCCGGAGCUAAGCAGGUCUUCCCGCUUCCUGCAGCCGUUCACAACCAACAACCAACGAGUGUGUAUUUAAACUGAAUGACCUGUUAGGAGAGUUUAACGCGGUCCAGGAGACAGUUCACACACUUUCACCCGCGACCCGAGAGCUUAUAAACGGACACUGAACUGAGCGGGAGGCUGCUAACUAGCGUUAGCUCCACCCGGCGGGCUAACAGCGGAGCUAACAGCGGAGCUAACAGCGGGAUGGAUCUGUUCGACGACCUUCCGGAACCCACACAGACAGCCGCUCCAGCUCCAGCAGUUCGAUCUCAGUCCACCAACGAAGAAGAAGAGGAGGAGGAGGAGGAGGAAGAGGAGGAGGAGAAAAGAUUGAAAAGAAAACGAGAAGAUGCAGAGUGUCACACUGAUAAAAAAGAGGAGGAGGAGGAUGAGCGGGGGGAGAUCAAGAAAGUUUGUAAAGAAGGUCUCCCUGUGCUGAAAGGCUACGUGGCGGCGAGGCGUGGCGAGCGGGAGGAGAUGCAGGACGCUCACGUGCUGCUGCCGGACAUGACCAGCUGUCUGUCCGCUCUGCCGGGACGAGUGUCUCGGGUUUCGUACUUUGCUGUGUUUGAUGGUCACGGAGGAGCUCGAGCGUCUCAGUUCGCUGCAGAGAAUCUACACCACAAUCUGGCCAAGAAGUUCCCCAGUGGAGAAACAGAGAAUUUGGACAAGCUGAUUAAGAAAUGUCUCCUGGACACUUUCCGCCAGACAGACGAAGACUUUCUGAAGAAAGCUUCCAGCCAGAAGCCAGCGUGGAAGGACGGUUCCACGGCCACCUGUGUGCUGGUGGUAGACGACAUGGUGUACGUGGCCAAUCUGGGAGACAGCAGGGCGGUGUUGUGUCGGAUGGAGACGACGGGAGGAGCAGAAGAUCAGAGGAGGUCGGUGACUCUGGCUCUCAGUAAAGAACACAACCCGACCAUCUACGAGGAGAGGAUGAGGAUCCAGAGAGCAGGAGGGACCGUCAGGGACGGCAGGGUGCUCGGCGUCCUCGAGGUGUCUCGCUCUAUCGGAGACGGUCAGUACAAACGCUGCGGAGUCAUUUCAACCCCCGACCUGAGGAGGUGUCAGCUCACAGCCAAUGACAGGUUUAUCAUCCUGGCCUGUGACGGUUUGUUUAAAGUGUUUUCUGCUGAUGAAGCUGUGAAGUUCGUCCUCGGCGUGCUGCAGGAGGGGAGUGUGGAGCAGAAGGCGGGGCUGACGGAGGAGGAGCUGAGGUUUGAAGCUGCAUGUCAACAGUUGGCCAGCGAGGCGGUGAGGCGCGGCUGUGCCGACAACGUCACCGUGAUCCUGCUUUCAAUUGGCUGCUGAACACACACACACACACACACACACUCACACACACACACACACACACACACACACACAGCAUCUGUCUGUUUCCUCAGUGUCUUGUUUGUUUUCCAAUAAAAACCUUGUUUUCUU